AUUCCUCUCGAGCGCCCGGACAUUCCUCGCGGCUGCUCGGGUUGCCCCGGUGGCCGGUGUAUAUAAGGAGCCCGGGCCGGUGGUCGUAGACUGUCACCCUCUUAUCAACUGCAACCACCAGCAGCGGUUCAACCCUCACCGGACAGCCGGAGACAAGCAGAGAAUCGGCCAACAUGUGUGACGACGAUGAAACCACCGCCCUCGUGUGCGACAACGGCUCCGGCCUGGUGAAGGCUGGCUUCGCCGGAGACGACGCCCCCAGGGCCGUGUUCCCGUCCAUCGUGGGCCGCCCUCGUCACCAGGGUGUCAUGGUGGGCAUGGGUCAGAAGGACUCCUACGUGGGUGACGAGGCCCAGAGCAAGAGGGGCAUCCUGACCCUGAAGUACCCCAUCGAGCACGGCAUCAUCACCAACUGGGACGACAUGGAGAAGAUCUGGCACCACACCUUCUACAACGAGCUGCGCGUGGCCCCCGAGGAGCACCCCACCCUGCUGACGGAGGCCCCCCUCAACCCCAAGGCCAACAGGGAGAAGAUGACCCAGAUCAUGUUUGAGACCUUCAACGUCCCCGCCAUGUACGUGGCCAUCCAGGCCGUGCUGUCCCUCUACGCCUCCGGUCGUACCACCGGUAUCGUGCUGGACGCUGGUGACGGUGUGACCCACAACGUGCCCGUCUAUGAGGGCUACGCUUUGCCCCACGCCAUCAUGCGUCUGGACCUGGCCGGUCGCGACCUGACCGACUACCUCAUGAAGAUCCUGACGGAGCGCGGCUACUCCUUCGUCACAACCGCUGAGCGUGAGAUCGUGCGCGACAUCAAGGAGAAGCUGUGCUACGUCGCCCUGGACUUUGAGAACGAGAUGGCCACCGCCGCCUCCUCCUCCUCCCUGGAGAAGAGCUACGAGCUGCCCGACGGUCAGGUCAUCACCAUCGGCAACGAGCGCUUCCGCUGCCCCGAGACCCUGUUCCAGCCUUCCUUCAUCGGCAUGGAGUCGGCCGGCAUCCAUGAGACCGCUUACAACAGCAUCAUGAAGUGUGACAUCGACAUCCGCAAGGACCUGUACGCCAACAACGUGCUGUCCGGCGGCACCACCAUGUACCCGGGUAUCGCUGACCGCAUGCAGAAGGAGAUCACAGCUCUGGCCCCCAGCACCAUGAAGAUCAAGAUCAUCGCCCCCCCUGAGCGUAAAUACUCCGUCUGGAUCGGUGGCUCCAUCCUGGCCUCCCUCUCCACCUUCCAGCAGAUGUGGAUCAGUAAGCAGGAGUACGACGAGGCCGGACCCUCCAUCGUCCACCGCAAGUGCUUCUAAAGACUCUCAGGAUCCGGAUCAGUCAAAACGUCUUCGUCCCAGGACUCAACAACAACAACACAACACAACAACAACAACAACACAACAACAUCAUCUCUUGUUUUUUUCUUACACCAUCGAUGAUCAAGCAGCGUCUAAACCUGUACAUACGUAAUUUAUUUCUUCUCUUAUGAACGUUUUGAGUGUGAGUGUAUGUGCGUAUGUAUGUAUGUUGGCUUCGGGCCGACUGAAUGUGAAAAAAAAUCUAAGCAAAAAUACACACAAAAAGACCAAAAAAGAAUCAAACAAGCAAAGCAAAUAAAAGCCAUUUAUUUUCACGCAGGAGUUUUGUCCGUUAUUUCUCUUCUCAACAUUUAGACGUGUGUUUCUGUUAUAAUUUGUUCUAUUUUAUUCUGUUCUCUGCUUUAUUUCCUUCAACGAACCACACUGACAAGUUCACUUUAAUAAAAUACUUUUUCUGCAGCUCCGUAUGCACUGGAGCACCAUUAAAUAAAAUAUAUAAAAGGAUUAGUAAAUAAGGAGGAACUGGGGCCCAAUGUUACAAUUUGAAAACAGAAAUAAAAUAUAAUUAAAAAGUGUUGAA